UGACCAAUGAGAGCGCAAAACAGACUAUACUCAUGAAUAUGCAUUGGUUUGGUCUAUUUAAGUUCUAGUUUCGCAAAGAGUGGCUGUUUCGCAUGAAAUUCAGCCAACCAAUUUCGCGCUUUGUCGUGUUUCUGCGUCAGUAGUCAGUCACAAUGUUGUCCCGGGGCCGGGGAUGGGGACCGGGAAUGGGGCGAGUAUAUAACCCGUGUAGUACGGCGUUGAUCCCCAGUGCAAACCGAAGAAGACGCGCUAGGAGAACUCUUCGACGAAUCCGCACCGUUUUUGAAGACCACGUUGAACCAGAGUUCCCAGGCAAAUAGUAUCAAGCAUCACGAUGAAGUCUGUUUUCCUUUUGACUGCUUUCCUGGGCGUUUUCCUGGCCCAAUUGACACUGAGUGAAGCCAUUAGUUGUUACUUCUGCGCGCCAACAGACAGCGGUUGUGGAUCUCCGUUCGUCACGUCCGAGCACCAGGACUGGCUGAAGGCGUGCACCAGCGGCAAAACCUGCUUGCAAACCAUCAAUUCCGACAAGACGACGACUCGAACUUGCAACAACCAAGACACGUGUAUGGACGGCACGACAACUAGCUACGAUCAAAACUGUUUCAAUAACAUAUGUACAGAGGAGUAUUGCUGUACCGGGGAUGGCUGCAACUCGGCCCCGGUCGCUGUCUCCUUCAGUGUCCUGCUGACCGCUUUCAUGGUUCUGGCUACCUGGGCUUUCAGAAAAUAAUACGCAAAAUUCUGCAACUGCUUGAUUCUAAUCGUAUUUGUUUUCCAAAUAGCAAUUCAGUUAAAAGGUAGCGUCCGUCAUUUGUAA